GCGUCCGGUCAAUAGGCGAAUAGCAGGGAGGCCGGAGGCGCUCUCGAGGUUCGUGGGUGUUCUCAGCCCGGAGCUGGAGAGGCUUUAGGGCCGCGCGCGUAUCGUUGCGAUUUUUCGGCGAGUGUCCGUCGCGAGCACGGUGGUUUCGUAGGAACGGUGUGUGGCCAGAGAACGGUUGGUGGUGUGUCCGUAACCGAAGAGAAAUAGAAUAAUGCACGGCGAGAGACUGCGCGUCGCGUACGCGUCGGUCUGAGCUCUGCCUCGGCGUGUUCGUGCACACCGGACUCUCGCGAAAGAUGCUGGCGUGCGAGGCAACGACAGAGGAGGCGCGUUCGCGAAACUGUCAAGAAGAUCGUCCUCGCGGCCGUACGUGAGUCAGUGCGCUCUCGGUGGAUCGAAGGACGAGAACACGCGCGUACAAAAUGGCUUCGGGCGACAAUGUGGACGUGAUCGAGGUGGUCGAGACGAGCUUCACGGGCCCGACUCUGGCCGCGGAGGACCAUCUCAGGCCCGACCAGUCCGCGGACGAGGACAAUAAAUCGACGGGGGACAAGGUGACGGCGUUUGACAGCUCGGUAACACAGCAUGGCACCACGGGGCUCAAAACCCCUGCGGGGGUGUCGAGGAACAAGUCGGAGCGAGAAAGAAAGAUUGGCCACAGAAGAGUUGGGGUGGGAGGUGAAAUCACGUACAAAAAGAUCCAAACGACACAAAUCAUGGGAUCGAUACAAUUGGGCAUCCAGCACGCGGUCGGCGGUCUGGCGAGCAAGCCGGAGCGUGAUCUGUUGAUGCAGGAUUUCAUGACCGUCGAAACGACGAAUUUCCCCAGCGAAGGCUCGAAUCACACGCCGGCUCACCAUUUCUCCGAGUUUAAGUUCAAAAAUUACGCACCCAUUGCAUUUCGUUACUUUCGAGAUCUCUUCGGCAUCCAACCGGACGACUUUUUAAUGUCGAUGUGCAGCGCACCGUUACGCGAAUUAUCGAAUCCAGGCGCUAGUGGGAGUAUCUUCUACCUAACCGAUGAUGACGAGUUCAUCAUAAAGACUGUGCAACACAAAGAGGGAGAGUUUCUGCAGACCCUACUUCCUGGAUAUUACAUGAACCUGAAUCAAAAUCCGAGGACGUUACUGCCAAAGUUCUUCGGGUUGUAUUGCUAUCGUUGCAAUAGCAAGAAUGUUAGAUUAAUCGCCAUGAAUAACCUGCUGCCCUCGUCGGUGAAGCUACAUCAGAAAUACGAUCUGAAGGGUUCAACGUACAAACGAAAGGCGUCGAAAACAGAAAGGUCCAAGUCUUCUCCGACGUACAAGGACUUGGAUUUCAUGGAGCAUCAUUCUGACGGGAUCUUCUUGGAGGCGGACACCUACAGCGCUUUGGUGAAAACGAUCCAGAGAGACUGCAGGGUGUUGGAGAGCUUCAAGAUUAUGGACUACUCGCUGCUCGUUGGCAUCCAUAAUCUCGAUCAGGCUGCCAGGGAGAAAGCGCAGGAACAAAGGUUAUCGGCCAGCGCGGACGAAGAGGUCGGGGACGUGGCAGGGGACGCGGGAGGAUUCGCUCAAGCAGAAAGAGAGCGUGAAAGAGAGGACAGAAUAGGAGCCGGGGCCCUGAACCGAUCGCGAAGCAUAAACCGACAAAGGCUGGUCGCGCAUAGUACCGCUAUGGAGAGCAUCCAGGCCGAAAGCGAGCCAAUCGACGAGGAGGACGAUGUACCCAGUCCAGGUGGGAUCCCUGCUCGCAAUGCUCGCGGCGAACGCCUCUUACUCUUCCUUGGUAUCAUUGAUAUUUUGCAAAGUUACAGGCUUAAGAAAAAGCUCGAGCACACCUGGAAAUCCAUGAUACACGACGGUGACACGGUAUCGGUACACCGGCCGGGCUUUUACGCGCAACGCUUUCAAGACUUCAUGGCCAAGACAGUAUUCAAGAAGAUACCGUCACUGGACCUGCCUGAGAUUAAGGGGAAUCAUCGCAAAUUCCGUAACCUCGUCACCAGCUACAUAGCGUUGAAACAUUCCCCGUCGAAGAGAAAAAGCAUCACCAGGCCGCUCAGGCCUCUGGACGGCGACUUCGAUUCCACCGCGGUGCCGACAACCGGAAGUACGACAAUGCAUGCUACGUCACCUACGAAGGCCGUGACGCCGACAGACCCCAUGAUCAGCACGACCAGCACCGUGGUGUCCGCCGGUUCGGCUCCGAUCGCCACCUCCACCCCGGUAAACUUCGCCAGCGGCUCGGUGAGCCCGCCCCCGUUGACCUUGGCCGCGGGCCCGAUCCCGGUCCCGGUCCACCAAGAACCAGUCCAGGCGAGCUCGGCGGCCAAGGCGACGAGCUACCCGGCCGUGCUGAAGGGCAGGACCGCCGCCAGCCCGCCGAUCCCGAACCUGGUACCCUCCGGCAAGGUACCGCCCCCUGUCCCGCCAAGAGGCACCGGUCAGUCGAGGACCGCCGGCAGGUCCUCGGAGGAGCACCGUGGCCCCGGGACGGCCACCUCGACGUCCUCGAUCACAUCCAGCCGAGGUGGCACCCUUCCUUCCACCUGCUCCACCCCGCCCCCGCCCUUUGACGAUGCAGUGCGCUCGAACGACCAAACCCUGGCUUCCGGUGGUCAACUGCAGCAGGGUGCGCCGACUACGAUCUUAACGAGCAGUCUGAGCAGUGCUCAGUCCAAGCAGAACAAGGUCGUGCACCACGUCACCCUAACAAAGACCUAUCACGACGCGGUCAGUAUAUCCGACGUUCACUUGGAGAGCAGCGGUAGCGGAAGCGGAAGCGGCGGAAGGGAGACGAAGUCGUCGCUGAGCGUCGAGAGCGGCGGCAGCAGUCGAGGCGGCGGUGGCCUCACCUGGACACCACCUGCGGGCAGCAACGAGGGCUCGACGCCCACUUGGACCGAGGGUACUCCGUCCUACACGGAGAGCUCCAGCAGCGGUGACGCAGGUUGCCCGACGACGCCGAUCAGGGGCAGCCAGCGUCAGGACGACGGAGGGAGGAUCGCUGCCACCGUCGAAGAGGCGCUAGCCAGUCUCACUACCGAAAUGACGUUAUUGAACGAGUCGCUUCAGGUUCUACCGUAGAGAAAACGACCAUUUCGGUGUCGUCGGAGAAGUCAUUGGCCAUCCAGACGCAUUAUUAUACAUACACACGACUACGAAAAAAAAAAAAAACAAAAUAAUAAUAAUAAUAAUAAUAAAGAAAACACAGAAACUGUAUUAUACGCGAUACACGACAGACGUUUAAGAGUGAUUGAAGCGGGAUUAACCGAUGCUACCGUGUACGUAUAUACAUAUGAACGAGCAAGAUGUUUAUACAUAUAUAGUAGAUGAGAAAGAGAGAGAGAGAGAGAGAGAGAGAGAGAACGUGAGGGAGAGAAAGGUAGAGAGAAAGAGUGAGAGAGAAAGGUUCCAGUAGAAGUCGCAACGAGCAAAAAAGAAAACAUGUAAACGCGUCGCUGACAUUAAUAAUAGGCGUGAGAGUUAUCGUGAACGUUUUGAAAAACCAAAAUGUUGUUCAAUUUCACGUACAUAUACGUACAUAUAUAUAUGUAUUAUGGUAUUGUCCUUGAGAAAGCGCUUUCGACAGUCGAUAUAUAUAUAUAUAUAUAUUAUAUAUAGAUUGUAUUUAGGAACUGGUGGUAACGAUCUAGUCGCAACUCGGUGAUCGGUCCGCGAUCUUCUUCGAGUUGUUUCGCUCUCUAGAUUUUUGUAUUCUCUAUCGUUUUCGGCUUUUCAUUCUCUCGUGUCGGCCUUUUCCACAUAUCUUAUUCUUUCGUCCAGGCUUAUUCUUGGUUCGACGGACAACGAUUAUCGUAACAAACGGAUUGGGAUGUCGACGCCUUUUCUUUCAUAUCCGCGUUGUCGUCGCCGUUGAAAUUCGAGUUGCUUGCUUCGAUCGUCGUUCAACAAAUUAUGCAAUUGGGGCAAUCGUUGAUUGCGCAUUUCGAAAUGUGUCUCGAUCGAUUCGAGAUUUGUUUGAAUCGGUUGUUCGAAUAUUUCUUACGAUUAAUGAUUGGAUUACAAAUUCGUACAAAUUUGAAUUUAGGCGGAUUUCUAAUGUAAAUUUUAAUUUGGAUGUAUUUUUAACGUAAAUUUGUCAAUUUCGAGAAGGUAAUCCAAUUGGGAUCAGAUUUAUUACUGUUUAAAAUCUUAUUUCUUACGAUUAAGAAUUGGAUCCUUCGUACAAAUUUUAAUUUCGGCGAGUUUUUAAUAUAAAUUUGAAUUUAGGCGGAUUUCUAAUGUAAAUUUUAAUUUGGAUGGAUUUUUAACGUAAAUUUGUCAAUUUCGAGAAGGUAAUCCAAUUGGGAUCAGAUUUAUUACUGUUUAAAAUCUUAUUUCUUACGAUUAAGAAUUGGAUCCUUCGUACAAAUUUUAAUUUCGGCGAGUUUUUAAUAUAAAUUUGAAUUUAGGCGGAUUUCUAAUGUAAAUUUUAAUUUGGAUGGAUUUUUAACGUAAAUUUGUCAAUUUCGAGAAGGUAAUCCAAUUGGGAUCAGAUUUAUUACUGUUUAAAAUCUUAUUUCUUACGAUUAAGAAUUGGAUCCUUCGUACAAAUUUUAAUUUCGGCGAGUUUUUAAUAUAAAUUUGAAUUUAGGCGGAUUUCUAAUGUAAAUUUUAAUUUGGAUGGAUUUUUAACGUAAAUUUGUCAAUUUCGAGAAGGUAAUCCAAUUGGGAUCAGAUUUAUUACUGUUUAAAAUCUUAUUUCUUACGAUUAAGAAUUGGAUCCUUCGUACAAAUUUUAAUUUCGGCGAGUUUUUAAUAUAAAUUUGAAUUUAGGCGGAUUUCUAAUGUAAAUUUUAAUUUGGAUGGAUUUUUAACGUAAAUUUGUCAAUUUCGAGAAGGUAAUCCAAUUGGGAUCAGAUUUAUUACUGUUUAAAAUCUUAUUUCUUACGAUUAAGAAUUGGAUCCUUCGUACAAAUUUUAAUUUCGGCGAGUUUUUAAUAUAAAUUUGAAUUUAGGCGGAUUUCUAAUGUAAAUUUUAAUUUGGAUGGAUUUUUAACGUAAAUUUGUCAAUUUCGAGAAGGUAAUCCAAUUGGGAUCAGAUUUAUUACUGUUUAAAAUCUUAUUUCUUACGAUUAAGAAUUGGAUCCUUCGUACAAAUUUUAAUUUCGGCGAGUUUUUAAUAUAAAUUUGAAUUUAGGCGGAUUUCUAAUGUAAAUUUUAAUUUGGAUGGAUUUUUAACGUAAAUUUGUCAAUUUCGAGAAGGUAAUCCAAUUGGGAUCAGAUUUAUUACUGUUUAAAAUCUUAUUUCUUACGAUUAAGAAUUGGAUCCUUCGUAUAAAUUUUAAUUUCAGCGAGUUUUUAAUAUAAAUUUGAAUUUGAGUGGAUUUCUAAUGCAAAUUUUAAUUUGGAUGGAUUUUUAAUGUAAAUUUAUAUAUAUAAAUUUCAAGAAGGUAAUCCAACUGGGAUCAGAUUUAUUACUGUUUAAAAUCUUAUUUCUUACGAUUAAGAAUUGGAUCCUUCGUACAAAUUUUAAUUUCGGCGAGUUUUUAAUAUAAAUUUGAAUUUGAGCGGAUUUCUAAUGCAAAUUUUAAUUUGGAUUUUUAAUGCAAAUUUAUAAAUUUCGAGAAGGUAAUCCACACACAAUUGGAAUGAGAUUUAUUACUGUUUAAAAUCUUAUUUUUAUUUCGCGCGACACCGAAUCGUUCGAAUACCUCGAUUACGUAUAAAACGUGUUCAAUGUUAAAUUUCAAAUCGAAGGAGAAGAGCGACUCCGAGUUUCGAUGGCAUAAUCGAUCGCUGUAGUACUCUCUUACGCGGAUCGAGCGGCCGAGAGAGGUUGAAGAAGCUUAAUAAACUCGUAGCUUUGUUAACUCGA